ACUCGAGGCGCCAGGUGAGGGGUGCCAGCUCUCGUUCUUUGGUCUCCGUGCUUUCGCCAAAACCGGUCCUUCUUGACCAAGCAUUGGGUUCCAUCCAGGAGUUUGCCAGUGUUGCUGUUCAAAGGCGAGGAAUACCGGUAUCGUACCCAGGCCAAGUUCAUUUGUAUGUAUCAGUGAAAGAGAAGGAAAGAAAGAUGAGCUUCUCUACCUUCUUGCGACCCAGAAAGAGGCGCGGCGCUUCGUCGUUUGACAACCAAACAUCGCAUCCACAACCCACUCUUCCAGUCGAAAGGCCCCGCCACAGGAGGCUCAUGUUGGUGACGGUCCGUUUAUCAAAGAGAAUGAUGAUAUUAGUAUUUGUUAUUGUUGCACUCUUGGCGGCUGCAAAUCCAUUCUUUGUCAACUUCUUUGAGGAAGUCAACUACAUCUUUCACAAGUGUUCCAUCGUGGGAGAUUUUCUUCUUCUCAAGAGGCGUCAAAAACCAAAUGACAAGAUCAUCUACUACCUGCAUCUCAGCAAAACUGCAGGUACCAGCUUUAUGGACGCGGCAAAACGUAAUGGACUCUCGGUACCCGUAAGGAAUGGCCUCACACAGCGAGAUUGGAGAUGUUGUGGAGGAAAGGACACGCUCGAGGCGCAGGAAGCCUUUUUCAACACGAGCAAAUUUGAUUUCGUCGCCAAUGAAAAUGACAUGUACGACGCCAUGGAUACCAAUCAUUACGACUACGUGGUAACAUUGCGAAACUCCAGAGCUCGAUACCUAUCCAUGUGGGCACAAUGGCAGCGUGACCCUGUCAUGGCAUACGCCAAUCCCAUGAACUUUACAGCUUGGUGCCGAUGGUUCUACGAAGACAACUUUAUGUUGCGAAAGAUUUGCGGAUCUCGGUGUCGCGAGAAACCCAAGUACAGUCUCACACGAGACGACUUUGAAUACACUCUCAAACGUUUGCAAAAGUUUGACUCAAUCAUGUUCAUGGAAGAUUUUGCAGCUUCCUAUGCCAAGUUUGCCAAGAAACAUGGAUGGAAAUCACCCAUUAACAAAAUCCGAAUAUCGCCUCCUGUCAAGGGUCGUUUGGCAACGCUUGUCAAUCAGGUUGAUGACAGUGAUUGGGAUUACCAGGAGUCAGCUCUUGACGACGCCGUCUACGAGUAUGCACUGCGAAUAGACGGCGGCAUGCAGCCGUACGACGGUUUCUCAAGACCAACACGACAACAUCUGGAGACGUACUUUGCCAAACAAAAGAAGUAACAGGGCUUUGCUUCCAUGUAGGUAGAAGAUAAGCAAGUAAGUAGUGGCUUACUAGCUACUGAGCAGUUUUACAGUGCCUUCUCCGGCUUUGUCCUGGCAUGGUCGGUCUAACACACACCAGGGUAGACACGGUGCCUGAGUGUUGGUGGCCGGACCAACUGGAAGGAAUGGCGUUGCUACAGCCAAAUCAGAAACGUUGUCAACGGUCACGACAACAAUGCAAGGCAUGUACAUGUUACGACAGCUGAGCUAAAGAAACACGUGAUGCCGGUACCAGUAGGCCCAUAAUAUGAAGUGGUUAUAGAAUAGAUAAUAGUCAUGAAGCUAAUAAUGUAAAGAAGUCUCCAAAGCGGAU